ACUGUUGUACACUGCACGCUUCGAAAGUCUACACGGUAGUAUUGGCCCAAGUCAGGUUUACUUGUACGGUCACUUUCCCAAAGAAAUGCCUUCGCUAAACGGAAAAUCUGACGUUAUAUUUGAGGAUGAUGAUCUGCCAUAUGAAGAGGAGAUUAUCAGGAACCCUUAUUCUGUCAAGUGCUGGAUGCGUUACAUCGAGUUCAAACAGAAUGGACCCAAAUCCACCCUGAAUAUGAUAUAUGAGCGGGCUCUAAAGGAGCUGCCUGGCAGCUAUAAGCUCUGGUACAAUUACCUGAGAGAGAGACGGAAACAAGUCAAAGGAAAAUGCAUAACUGAGCCAAUCUAUGAAGAGGUCAAUAAUUGUCAUGAAAGAGCUCUGGUGUUCAUGCACAAGAUGCCGAGAAUAUGGCUGGAUUACUGCCAGUUCCUUGUGUCACAGUGUAAAAUAACAAGAAGUCGACGAACAUUUGAUCGUGCUCUGCGAGCCCUUCCUGUUACUCAGCACCCACGCAUCUGGCCUCUUUAUCUCCGCUUUGUUCGUAACCUGCCCCUGCCUGAAACAGCCAUUCGGGUGUAUCGCAGAUAUCUUAAGCUAUCUCCAGAGAAUGCAGAGGAGUACAUAGAUUACUUGCGCUCAGUUGGCCGCUUGGAUGAAGCAGCUGUGCGACUAGGAGCUGUUGUCAAUGACGAAAGCUUUGUAUCCAAAGAGGGCAAAUCUAACUAUCAACUGUGGCAUGAACUUUGUGACCUGAUCUCUCAGAACCCUGAUAAGGUGACCUCUCUGAAUGUGGGAGCCAUCAUCAGAGGUGGACUCACUCGCUUCACAGACCAGCUUGGAAAACUUUGGUGCUCUUUAGCUGACUAUUACAUUCGGAGUGGCCACUUUGAGAAGGCCCGUGAUGUGUAUGAAGAGGCCAUCCUUACUGUGGUAACAGUAAGAGAUUUCACACAAGUGUUUGACAGUUAUGCUCAGUUUGAGGAGAGCAUGAUUGCUGCUAAGAUGGAAACCACGGCUGAGAUGGGGCAGGAUGAAGAUGAUGAUGUUGACUUGGAGCUCAGACUUGCUCGCUUUGAGCAGCUCAUAGCCAGACGGCCUCUCCUGCUGAACAGUGUGCUACUGCGGCAGAACCCUCACAAUGUUCAUGAGUGGCAUAAGCGUGUUAAACUAUAUGAGGGCAAUCCACGGCAGAUCAUCAACACAUACACUGAGGCAGUACAGACUGUGGAUCCAAUGAAGGCCACAGGGAAGCCUCACUCUCUCUGGGUUUCCUUUGCUAAAUUCUAUGAGGAAAAUGAACAGCUGGAUGAUGCGAGGACAAUAUUUGAGAAGGCCACCAAGGUGAGCUACAAGCAAGUUGAUGACCUUGCUGCUGUAUGGUGUGAAUAUGGGGAGAUGGAACUUCGGCAUGAAAACUAUGAACAGGCCUUGCGCAUACUGAGGAAAGCUACAGCCAUCCCAUCCAAGAAAGCAGAAUACUUUGAUGCUUCGGAGCCAGUGCAAAACAGAGUCUACAAGUCCUUGAAAGUCUGGUCUAUGCUGGCAGAUUUGGAAGAGAGUCUUGGAACUUUCCAGUCAACAAAAGCAGUGUAUGAUCGCAUUAUUGACCUCCGUAUUGCCACACCGCAGAUCAUUAUUAAUUAUGCCAUGUUCCUUGAAGAACACAACUACUUUGAGGAAAGCUUCAAGGCAUAUGAGCGUGGCAUCGCUCUGUUUAGGUGGCCAAAUGUUUACGACAUCUGGAACACUUAUCUUACCAAGUUCAUUGAUCGAUAUGGAGGAAAGAAGCUGGAGAGAGCAAGAGAUUUAUUUGAACAAGCACUCGAUGGCUGUCCUGCCAAAUUUGCCAAGACUAUUUACCUGCUGUAUGCCAAAUUGGAGGAAGAGUAUGGAUUGGCACGACAUGCAAUGGCUGUGUAUGAAAGAGCAACACAGGCAGUGGAAACUGAAGAGAGACAUCACAUGUUCAAUAUCUACAUCAAAAGAGCAGCUGAAAUUUAUGGAGUCACAUAUACAAGAGCGAUUUAUCAGAAAGCGAUUGAGGUCCUGCCUGAUGAACAUGCUAGAGACAUGUGCCAGCGGUUUGCUGACAUGGAGAGUAAACUGGGUGAGAUUGAUCGAGCCAGAGCAAUCUACUCUUAUUGUUCCCAGAUCUGUGAUCCAAGGGUAACCGCUCAUUUCUGGCAGACCUGGAAGGAAUUUGAGAUCCGCCAUGGGAAUGAGGACACCAUUAGAGAAAUGCUGAGAAUCAAACGCAGUGUCCAGGCCACAUACAACACCCAGGUCAAUUUCAUGUCCUCUCAGAUGCUGAAGGCCACUACAAGCUCCACAGGAACUGUGUCAGAUCUCGCUCCAGGCCAGAUGGGUAUUGAUGACAUGAAGAUGCUUGAGCAAAAAGCACAACAGCUUGCAGCAGAGGCUGAGCUGGAUAAACCCAAACCCAAGGAAAAGAUUCUCUUCGUCAGGAGUGAUACUUCACGCAGUGAGUUGGCUGAGCUUUCCAAACAAGCCAAUCCUGAUGAGAUUGACAUUGAUGAUGACGACGAUGAUGAUGAAGACCAAGGACCUGAUGAGGUCCAGCUGGAACAGAAGAGUGUUCCCACAGCUGUCUUCGGAGGGCUUAAAGAUGACUAAAAGAUCAAUUUCUGAUUUUUAGUAAGAUUGGACUCUCCUGUAGUUACAUGACUGGCUAAAUUCACAUUUGUGCAUCUUAAUUUUAAUAUGAUGUGACAUUGGUGGGGGAAAAAGUUGGCAAGAUUUGUAUCUUCAUAUUUUUCUGAUCUACAUUUGUUGUACCAUGUUUAAAGAUAGGAUGUUUCUAUUGGCUCCCAAAUAGUAGCUGAAAAUAGUUACCAAAUAAUUCAGCACUAGUGAAAAAUAGUAAUGUUAUUAGAAGAUAAGUGUACCUUAAUUCUGAUGUACUUUGACUUUAUUUCAUGAAUUUCCAUUUACAGUAAAACACUUUGUACCCCUAAUGAUUGUAUAGUGAUUUUUGUGUCAGACAAUGUUCUUGAAAAAAAACAAAUGGAAAAUGAAUUCACUUUGGUGAAGAGAUGUAAUGUUUUUAAGUACCCUUGAAUGCCAACUAAUAUCUAUGUGGAUAAUGCACUUUUUUGCCAAAUAAACAUAGUAAAGAUUUGUACUUUUCACAG